CUGAAUUGGAGCCAGAGAUUUCGAGUCAUCAAAGGUGUAGCAUCUGGACUGUUGUAUCUACAUGAAGGGUGGGAACAAGUGGUGGUUCACAGAGAUGUCAAGGCUAGUAAUGUCUUGUUAGAUGCUGAAUUGAAUGGAAGAUUAGGUGAUUUUGGUCUUGCAAGAUUGUAUGAUCAUGGAACUGACCCUCAAACUACCCACGUGGUAGGAACUCUGGGGUACGUAGCCCCUGAACAUACCAGAACCGGCAAAGCCACCACAAGCACCGAUGUAUAUGCUUUCGGGGCCUUUUUGUUAGAGGUUGCUUGUGGAAGACGACCAAUAGAGCCACGAGCAUCAAGUGAACACGAACUCAUUUUGGUUGAUUUGGUGUUUUCGUGCUGGAGCAAAGGUGAGAUUCUUCAGGCAGUUGAUCCAAAUUUGGGCACCAAUUACGUAGCACAGGAGGUGGAGUUGGUAUUGAAGCUUGGGUUGUUGUGCUCACACUCAGAACCUGUUGCUCGGCCGACUAUGAGGCAAGUUGAACAGUUUUUGGAGGGCGCCAUCUUUCUACCGGAGUUAUCGUCACUUGGAAUUUCUGCCAGCGGCCUAACGUUUGCACAUCGUGACGGGUUUGAUGAUUUUGCCAUGUCGUAUUCAUCUUCCAUGGAUAAGGCCUUCUCUUACACCCCCUCGGUUGCAGAAACCGGCAAAGCCACCACAAGCACCGAUGUAUAUGCUUUCGGGGCCUUUUUGUUAGAGGUUGCUUGUGGAAGACGACCAAUAGAGCCACGAGCAUCAAGUGAACACGAACUCAUUUUGGUUGAUUUGGUGUUUUCGUGCUGGAGCAAAGGUGAGAUUCUUCAGGCAGUUGAUCCAAAUUUGGGCACCAAUUACGUAGCACAGGAGGUGGAGUUGGUAUUGAAGCUUGGGUUGUUGUGCUCACACUCAGAACCUGUUGCUCGGCCGACUAUGAGGCAAGUUGAACAGUUUUUGGAGGGCGCCAUCUUUCUACCGGAGUUAUCGUCACUUGGAAUUUCUGCCAGCGGCCUAACGUUUGCACAUCGUGACGGGUUUGAUGAUUUUGCCAUGUCGUAUUCAUCUUCCAUGGAUAAGGCCUUCUCUUACACCCCCUCGGUUGCAGAGUCCCUUAUCUCUGGAGGCCGAUGA